CCAUCCAUGGUUUGGAAGCUUGGCGCCCUCAAGAAUGCCUCUGCCGAUGCUCGGAGCUACUGUUUCACGGCGCCCGGCGCUUACAAGAUCGGCAGGAAAGAUUGCGCGGUGUGCAUCGCCACGGACAAGACCGUGUCGCGCGUCCACGCCGAGUUCGUGGUGCUCCCAUUGCCUCCUGGCGAGACGAAAUGCGAAGCGAUCGUGAGGGAUUUGUCCAAGUUUGGGACGUUUCUCAACAAGGGGGCUGGAGGAGGACGAGCGAGGCCUGUGCUGGAGCUGCAAGGCAAGGAAGCUCCUGUAAAGGAUGGGGAUGAGAUCACGUUUGGAACGGGUAGCAGUACCUUUAGGGCCACGUACGAGCAUUUCUUCUUCUGCGUUUCAGCGUCCCAGGCUCGCAAUGUGAUCUCAAAGGCAAACACUGCUUUUGGGGCACGCUGUGUGGAAAAAUGGGACGAGGAAUGCACUCACUUGCUUGUGGAGGAUGGCUCCUCCGUGACAGAAAUGGUUUUGAUGGCAGUGAGCCAACAAAAGCCGGUCGUGUCAUUGAAAUGGCUGGAGAAUGUUGCGAGCUCCGGUGGACCCGUACAAGAGAUUCCAAAGUGCUCCAGCUAUACUCCUACUCUGAAGUUUGAGCUAGAUGAAGGUGAUGGCUCAGAUGUGAAAGUUGUACAGCCUGGUUCUCGUUUGUCGACUUACGAGGGCAUAGCCUUUCUAGCUACAUCUCUUCACAAGUAUUAUUGCAACAAAAACUUAUCAUCGAUUGUCACUGCUGCCGGAGGAACAUUACAGCUUAUUUCCAAGAAAAAAGUUCAGAAUUCAAAGCAGCAACAAAUCCUCAUUGUUCCUCAUUUCGUUGAAGCGGAGGAAGACUUCACAAGCUUUCAACAUCUUCAAAGAAUUAGAGAAAAAAGCUUGGUACUUGGCAUCUUGAGUGGAUGCAAAGACAUCUCUGCUUUUUACGUCCAGCAAAGCCCUGCAGAAAGCCAAUCUACGGACGCGACUGUUGAUCUCCAGGACUCUGACGAUGAUUCCGACUCCGUGGCCGAGACUCCUCCCAAAAACAUCAAGGAACGGGUAAAACAACCCGAGGUCAUCAAACGCGAAACAUCUCCUCCAGUAUCGCGUACGAAGGCGAAGGGCAAGACUGUUGCACUCGAGUCAUCGGCUGAAUCUCCCACAGCUCAAAAAUGCGUUGGUUCAUCGCCCAAAGCAGCCACAAGCGAAAGUAUGAAGGACGAAGGAAACGGCGAACCAAGUAAGCUGGAAUCGUUGGAACGCGAUACUGCCCCACUAGCGAGAAGUAAGACGACAUUUACAGCAAAAAGUGUGAAGGAGAAGGAAGACUACGGUGAAGCGAUUGACAAGGAGUAUGGCGAAGUCAGAUACGUCGUGGGACUGGUUGUCCAACAGCCGCAAAACGAAAGGCCUGAAGUGAGCGGAAUCAACUUCAAGAGCUUCCGCAGAGUUGGCGCAGUUCCUGGCAACAGUUUCCACGCGUUUGUGCCGUUUGCUUCAGAGGCAUAUCGAGAGACGAGCUACUUUGAUGAUAUAGAGGAAGAGAUCAAGCAAGAAAAAAAGAGGGCCGCCGAGGAGGAGCUUGCGGACGAACUCUUUGAGCUCGACAAUACCUCGCGAAAGAGACGUCCAAGCACGAAGGCCACUACCAGUACCACCACUAAGCGCCGAAGGACGUGAGAACGUUCCUAAUGAAAGAACAUGUAAGAGACGGGGUUUCGUGCGCCAACUUUUUGUUCCUGUGCUCGAAUUCGAUCUACCACGAGAAAAACAGGCAAGGAAUUUGUGAGAAUUUCGUAUAGCUUUAUGCGUCAAAGUGGAUUUCAAGUAAUCGCAGCUAUUUACAAUGAGAGAACCUUUUCUUUCUUU